AUGAAAGCAAUCAGAUGUAAAUCAAGCAGCCAAGUUAGCAGUCAAGUCAUGAUUCGCUUGAAACUUUUUAUCACAUGUCUACUUAUGAUGACAACUUCAAAUCGAUCGUAUGAUAUCAAAAAGAUGCUGAAAUCAACUGAUAAUGCCUUUAAAAUUUUUCGCGACAAUAUAGAAAAAUUCGAACUUUGUGUAAAGCUCAGAAGGAUUUGCCACAAGAUCUGGGACAAGCCGCAGGAUUAUCCCGAUUUAGAGGAAGAAGCGAAUGUGGAAAAAGUGUUAACAGAAGAGGAUAAAGCUGAAUACAGAUUGGGCCAUUGCGUGCCAGAAGGUCUUACGGCCCAAGGAGAUGAAAUGUUUUGGGAAGUUGCCGCCGAAUGGCAGAAGGAUAUCGAUGAUAGAUUCUUAAUCCAGAAUCUUUUCGUCAUAAUAGAUACGGCCAACGAAGGACGAAACAUUAAGUUGUCAUUUGGAAGUUGGCAAGGUUGGUGCAAUAGAACUCAUGAUCCGGACGAAACGACAGAAUCUGCGGAAGAAGAUGAAAAUGAAUCGAAUUCACCAUCAAAACUUGAACCUAAAGUUUCACCCAAAAGCUGUGAUGCAAAUGGGACAUAUGGCAAAUGGAUUUCUGGCGAGAUUAACGGCACGCGAAAAUUGGACAAAGAUAUCCAGAAAUUUUCGGAUUUUUUGCAAAAACUUAAAAAGGAUAUGCAGAAAAUAUGCUGUCCCUAUGAGUCAAUACGAAAUCGUUUAGAAAUCAUAAACGAUGGUAUCGAUUUCCUUCAGAAACUUUACGGCAAUGAAUCAUUUACAAAACCCGAGUACACAGAUAUAAAUUCAGAUCUUUCCAGUCUCAAAACCAGAUUAGAAGGCUUCCAUAACAAUUUAAUUGGUUACAAUGACUCAAUGUUGAAGUGUUGCCCGAAUAUAACAGAUGAGCUUGACGAUUUUAAAAACUAUUUUAUGGAUAAUCUUAAAAAUUUAAGCAUGCAGAAAGCCAGUUUUGACCUUCAACCAAUUAUUGAAAAGAAAAAGAUCCUCCAAGAUAUGUAUUUAAGUCAAAAGAAGGAGUUUCAUCUAAUAGAAAGUUCUCUUGAUAAUCCGAGUGUUAAAGAUACUUGUUGUGGCAACACCAAAGAACAAAUUAAAAAUAUAAACAAAGUCUUAGAAGAGUUUGAUAAUUCGCUUAAAGAAAUAACAAAACCUAUAGAACCAUUGAAGGAAAAUCUGCAAGACACCAAUAAAACGCUUUUCUUUGUGGAAAGUCAGCUUAACUCGGAAAAGGAAUAUCUGCAGAUAAUAAAUUCCACCUACGGAACUGAGUGCCUACAAAAAGACAGUCUUAUUAAGGAUCUCCUAACUAAAGUUGUAAAUUUAGAACAGCAAAUUAAUAAUAUAAAUUUAAUAAAUUCCGUAAAUUGGACUAAUAUUACACAAUCUGAAAAGUUAGUAGACGAAAUGAUCAAAAAUAAAAUAAAUAAGGAUAAAGACGAAGCAAUCGCAUUUUACGAGCUGCAAGAAAAUAUUACCAAAGAGCGCUUCAAGCAAAUUCAAGAUCAACAAAAAAUCUUAACCGAUAAGCAAAAUGAUGAUAAAGCUAAAGAAAUGGAAAAUUCUUUACAACUACAGAUAAAUCAGUUAGAAAAAGAUAUAGACAACUUAACCGAAAAUGGCAUUAACUUAUUUGAACGACAACUUCAAUACACCCAUUUAAAAUUCGAAAUAGAAAUAGAAACUUUCGAUAGAAAAUUUAGGGAGCAACAAAAAAAUAUUAAUCUCUUCCGAGAGAAAAUGAAAAAAGAACAAGAUCUUAUCGAAGAGCGCCUUGCCAAAUUGGAAGGUAAAACAAUGGAAUCACCAGAGGAAUAUGACGAAAAGCUAAGUAAACUUGAGGCUAUUGCCAUGGAGUUUCCCAAACAGAUUGCCAGCUACGAAAAGGAACUUCUCGAUCGCAUCGAUGCCCUGGAACAGCAAAUAAAGGAUCUGGACAAGGAGGUGGAAAAUGCUGAGCACAGGGCAGACAUUUGCGAUGCUGAAUGUGAUUUUGGGGAACUGGAUUCCGUGGACAAUCUGAUUGGAAGGGUUCAGAAGGUCAACGAUAACUUAAAAUUGAAUUCCAUGAGUAGACCAAUCUCUAGGUCAAGGGUAGGGGAAAGAGAAACGGCUGUCAUGCGUAGUGCAAAACGAAAUCCUAGAAAAAGAUAUGUCAAAAUUUGAUAUAUUACACCGUAAUGCAAUAAUCAAAAACCAAAAAACUCUAUCCAAAUAGUUGCAAUUUUUAGGAAAAAAGUUAGUUCUUAUCAGUUCAAAAUAAAGUUUAAAAGACCCGCUUAAAACCUCUCUCUUUCCAACACUAAAUGUC